AUGCCUUUCAAUCUCACCCCCCUAGCACCACUUCUCAUCAUUGCGGCGUCGCUUUCUUCUCGGCAGCAUCACCAUGACAAGACCUCGAAGCACCACCUUCGAAUCGCACGGUUUGAGCAAAUCUUCAAACCGCACUCUGCGCCAGGCCACCCACACGGCGCAGCGUGUAAUAAAUAUUGUCAGCAGCGCGAUUAGCAGCCACUUCGUGGAUGCUGUUUUUCCCUGCUCGUCGACACACUCAAAAGAACGGAUACAUUAUUGGUUAAUUUACCCCUCGCUUUCGGCCGAUUUCCCUAUAGACCAUCUAGCCCUUCUAGCAUAAUUGUAAUUGUAGUAGGAUCGUAGAGUAGUGUAGUGUAAGUACCCAAAUACCCUUUGCC